CUCUCCGAGCCCCGCUCGCGCCACGGCCCUUCUCGGGCGCUCGGCCUCCUUCCUUCCCUCCUCCGCUCGCCCCGUCUUCCGUGCGCGCCGAGCGCUGCGCUCGGCCGGCGUGCCUCGCGCCCUAACGGGCGGCCGGGGGCUCCAAUCAGCGGGCGGCAGGGUGCCAGCCCCGGGGCUGCGCCGACGAAUCGGCGGGGCUCGCGGCCCGGGGUGGGAGGCGGGUCUACCGCGCGGCCGCGGCGGCGGAGGAGCAGCUCCCAGCCAGCAGCCAGCGAGCGCCGAGCGAGCCGCCCGGAGCCCCUCAUCCCAUUCGGAAGAGGAAGGAACAAAAGGUCCCGGACCCCCGGCUCUGACGGGGCGGGACCCGGAGCCUCGGUCCAGGUUAGAUUAAAGAGGAUAUUUUCUUAGUGUGGAUCACUGCCUUUGGUAAGAACAUGUCGUCCAUCUUGCCAUUCACUCCACCAGUUGUGAAGAGACUGCUGGGCUGGAAGAAGUCAGCCGGUGGAUCUGGAGGAGCAGGUGGAGGAGAGCAGAAUGGACAGGAAGAGAAGUGGUGUGAGAAAGCAGUUAAAAGUUUGGUGAAGAAGCUAAAGAAAACAGGACGAUUAGAUGAGCUAGAGAAAGCCAUCACCACUCAGAAUUGUAAUACUAAAUGUGUUACCAUACCAAGCACUUGCUCUGAAAUUUGGGGACUGAGUACACCAAAUACGAUAGAUCAGUGGGAUACAACAGGCCUUUACAGCUUCUCUGAACAAACCAGGUCUCUUGAUGGUCGUCUUCAGGUGUCCCAUCGGAAAGGACUGCCGCAUGUUAUAUAUUGCCGAUUGUGGCGCUGGCCUGAUCUUCACAGUCAUCAUGAACUCAAGGCAAUUGAAAAUUGUGAAUAUGCUUUUAAUCUUAAAAAGGAUGAAGUAUGUGUAAACCCUUACCACUACCAGAGGGUUGAGACACCAGUUUUGCCUCCAGUCUUAGUGCCCCGGCACACUGAGAUCUUAACAGAACUGCCACCCCUGGAUGAUUAUACCCACUCCAUUCCAGAAAACACUAACUUCCCAGCGGGAAUUGAGCCACAGAGUAAUUAUAUCCCAGAAACGCCACCUCCCGGGUAUAUCAGUGAAGAUGGAGAAACAAGCGAUCAACAGUUGAACCAAAGUAUGGAUACAGGAUCUCCAGCAGAACUGUCUCCUACUACUCUUUCCCCUGUUAAUCAUAGUUUGGAUUUGCAGCCAGUUACUUACUCAGAACCUGCAUUUUGGUGUUCAAUAGCAUAUUAUGAAUUAAACCAGAGGGUUGGAGAGACCUUCCAUGCAUCACAGCCCUCACUCACUGUAGACGGUUUCACAGAUCCAUCAAAUUCAGAGAGGUUCUGCCUAGGUUUACUCUCCAAUGUCAACAGAAAUGCUACAGUAGAAAUGACAAGAAGACAUAUAGGAAGAGGAGUGCGCUUAUAUUACAUAGGUGGGGAAGUUUUUGCUGAGUGCCUAAGUGAUAGUGCAAUCUUUGUGCAGAGCCCCAAUUGUAAUCAGAGAUACGGCUGGCACCCUGCAACAGUGUGCAAAAUUCCACCAGGCUGCAAUUUGAAGAUCUUCAACAACCAGGAAUUUGCUGCUCUUCUGGCUCAGUCUGUUAAUCAGGGUUUUGAAGCCGUAUAUCAGCUAACUAGAAUGUGCACCAUAAGAAUGAGUUUUGUGAAAGGGUGGGGAGCAGAAUACCGAAGGCAGACGGUAACAAGUACUCCUUGCUGGAUUGAACUUCAUCUGAAUGGACCUCUACAAUGGUUGGACAAAGUAUUAACUCAGAUGGGCUCCCCUUCAGUGCGUUGCUCAAGCAUGUCGUAAAGCCUCGUCACCGAUCAAGUCCCAUCAAAAGACUUAAUGUACCAACUCUUCUGUCAUAGUGUUUGUGUGUGGUCCCCAUGGACUGUUUACUAUCCAAAAAUUCAAGACAGAAAACAGCACUUGAGGUCUCAUCAAUUAAAGCACCUUGUGGAAUCAGUUUCCUAUGUUCGAAUAUUAGAUGGGAAAAUUAGUGUCUAGAAGUAUCCUCCCAUAAAGGAGGAAGAGAAGAUUUUAAAGACUUGCUGAUGUCUUGUUGGGCAUAAAACCGAGUGUCCCAAAGGUUUAUUAAUAACAGCAGUAGUUAUGUGUACAGGUAAUGUAUCAUGACCCAGUAUCAGUGUUGUGCUGUUUAUAUACAUUUUUAGUUUGCAUAAGUUAGGUGUGUGCGUGCUGCUUCUUGACUUAGGCAAGCCUUUAUAAAGUUACAGUACCUAAUCUGUUAUUCCCACUUCUUCGUUAUUUUUGUGUGUCUUUUUUUAAUAUAUAAUAUAUAUCAAGAUUUUCAAAUUAUCAUUUAGAAGCAGAUUUCCCUUGUAGAAAAACUACUUUUUCUGCCUUUUACCAAAAAUAAACUGUUGGGGGAAGAAAAGUGGAUUAACGUUCGAAAUCGUUGACCUUAAUGUGUUCAGUGGGUCUUAAAUAUUCAUUCUUUUUGUGUUUGUUUACUUACUGCUAAAUCUGAUUAUAGGGAAACCUUGUGGAAAAUCUUUCCAAACCUCUUCUCCUUUUCCACUUUUGUCCUGAUACCAAAACAGCGUAGCCUGACAUCCAGCACCAAUAAUGGGUGCACUGAAACUGCCGGCGCCAGUAACUCUGGGGUGCAGGGAGGAUUCACAUGGACUGAGUCCCUUUGUCUUACACCAGAUUUCAGUUUCAACAGAUAAUAGACUUGUGUAACCUAGCAGCCUUUUGAUUUAUCUCUACACCUCAUACAGAAUGCACAGGUGGCAGUAUAAUUAUUUUCAGGGAUAAACUACAAUUAUUUCAAUAUGUUUAUCCAGUUUAAAAACUCAAUCUAUAGAUAUAGAAACCUCUUUUAAAAGAUACUUUAAAAUACUUCAGUAGCAGACCUAGUGCUCUUUGGGUUGAGUUUCAUUGGAUUUAGUUUUACCAGAUUGUAUUAUGAAAUGGACCUUUUGUAAAUGUAAUUGCUUCUGCAGAAUAUCUAGAAAAAGUACUGCUGAGGUCUGAUCAGCAGAUAAAAGGCCAUCUGUUUUUAAGGUAUGUUGUAUUAAAUUUAUAAAAUCUGUGUUAUUUUACAUAAUUAUGAAUUUCAAAUUUUAAAAACGGGGGGAGAAACAGUUAAGCAAGUUUUUUAUAAUUAUAAUUAAUUAUGAUUACCUACAGUCUGAGUCGUUCUUAACUACUCCGAAUAUGUGGUGACUGUUAGAACCACUCAUGCUUUACACCCUGCAGUGACAGGAGAUUUCAGAAUCUCGGUUAGAAGUCCGUUCUGCAGCAGAUAAUCCGUAUGUCUGUUGUUAACUCAUUGCAGUUUAAACAUUUCUUGUUUGCAUCUCAAUAGAAAUGGAAAAUAACCACUCCUGGUUCCCUUCUAGUACGUUUUCAUAUUUUUGAAGACAGAUUAUCUUUGGUACUUGUUUUUUUGAAGACAUACUCACCUGUCUCUACAGGUGUUAUUGUCAAUAUUUUCAGCAUUUGGUUUUUUAUUAGAUGUUCCCCGUUUCCCUGUAUGUGUGUGUGCAUAUAUGUGUUCAUGUAAACUUGAUGCAGUAAUUUUUUAUUCAUUCAGCAAAUAUUUAUUGUUCACCUGUUAUGUGUGCCAGGCAGUUUCUUGGCCUUUGGGUGAAGGUGAGUAAGACGGAUACGAUCCCUGCCUUUGCUGAGACAGCAGUUUCUAUGACGCUUAAUGAGCUUAUUUGUCUAUGAAGGAGAUGAACAGGGUACUGUGACGGAGCACAGCAGAGGGAAGGCGGCUUCUCCAAGGUAGUGAUGCUUGAGCCAACACUUGAUGUGAGAGAGGAGCAAGCCGUGUGGAGAGCCAGGGAAAACAGGGAUUCCUGGCAUGCAGAACGGCACCAAAUGCAAAGGCUCAUUUUAAAGGAAACUCAUUAUUGGGUAUUAAUGCUUUAUACAGAAACCUCUACACAGAUCCAAACUUGAGGACCAGAUCAGCUCUACAGUUUAUAGUAGUUGAAGGUGGCCUUAAUUUGUGAUAGACUGCUUCAUGCGUCAUUCUUACUAACACUCCUUCCUCAAGCCCUUACUGUAAAAAGUUUGCACCAAGUCAGUACCUGUUAAUUUUACAACCAUUUCUUUAAUUCUGCCUUGGGCAAAUUUUCAGCAUUGUAGGGACUAGCUGCUUGCUUCCAGAUGUCCUGCUGCCCGCUAAUUACUGCUUCUGCAGCCCAUCUUGUGGGCAGAGUAAAUGUCUUAGGUGUUACCACCGUCAGACCUGUUGGAAAUAACCAGUGGGGGCUCUGCCCUUUGGAAGUGUUUACUCGAGAACUUGCAGUGAUGUUGGGGAACAGGUCUGGGGAUAGAGAACAGCUUCAGAAGUGGUGGGAGGUCCUGGCAGUUACUCCUGCGUUGAUAGGUUGUGAAGCUGUGCCAUCUCUAACAUUUCAGAGGCAGAACACAUCACUGCGGCUACGGUGGGAUUCUUCUGUGCAGUAUGAAACUGGCACUGAACUCUUUGGAAACACCUAUUGUGUUGAGCAGUUAGACCUGUUGAGCAGUUGACUUCGUGGUGGUUACAUUUGCAUGAAUAUGUUUCAUGAUCUUAUUUGCUUUUUAAUGAGGUGCUGUUUUUGCAUCCUAUUCUGUCCACUGUGGCCUAAUUUUGGCUGAUUGUUAUUUUCCUUUAUAGAGUUUGUUUUCAUUCUUUUCCGUGAUAGGAUCUCUGGCCUAGAAUUUUGCCUUUAUUUAAAUUAGCAGCAUCAUUUAGAAAAUCUUGUACACAGUGGGGGUAAUUUCCUCAGUUUAACAACAUGAGAACUGAGUGAUGGUGUUUUCUAGCCCAUUUCUAAGAUGAAGGGUGGUUUUCACAGUGGAUUACGUACACCUUAGGGCUGUUUUAGGGAAUUGUAGUUCCCACUGUCUGGUCUAACCAGGGUGAGCUUCAUAUUUAUUCUGUAUUGGAGUUCCACAUAGAUUACUUUUUUUAAAAAGUUUUAUUGCUUAAAAAAAAGUUUGACUUUCCUGGCUAGGUUUGAACUACUCUAGUUAGAAUGCUAAUUAUACAUCAUGAUACAUAUUCAUUCAGUAAGCAUUUAUUGAUGCCUGUCCCUUCCCCAGCCAGUGUGAUAGAUGUUGAGUAAUAGAAAUGUGACUGGGAUUUGGUACUGACCCGCAAGCUGUCUUUUGGGGGUUAACUUUCUCUCUCAGGACCUACCACUUUGCCAGAAGGAAAUCUGCCCAAUUUUUCUUGAAAGCUAGAUAUUCUUAUUUUGUACUUUUACUCUUAUUCUGUAUUCUGAGUAUGUAUUUGCAAAUUGUUAAUAUCUACUUUUAUUUAACCUUAAAUCAUACCUAGUUUCGCUUGAUUCACCUACCUUUUAAACAUUGCCAGAUUUUCUCCUUUGUUCACUUUAUUUGUGCCUUUAUUGUCAGUUUCAUCAAGACUAAGAUUUUGAAGGUGAAAAACAAUCAGUCUAGUUUCUUGCUAGUUAGUUGAAAUCAAAUAAAAGAGUAUAUAUACCCAGUUGGUUUCUCUACCUCUUCCAAAAGCUGUCCAAAUAUACCUUUAACAUCUUUCUCUUUUUUUAAAUAACUAAAUACUUUGAGCAUUUAUUCAAUAAUCAGCACCCUCCUGGUGUGGUUGAUGGUGGGAUAUAAUGUAACAUAAGACAAUCCUCACUGUACUUAAAAUCUGUCUUUAUGUAUGGUCUUUGCUAUCAUAGCUAAACAUUCGUUUCAGUUUGCCACCCCCUCCACCGUUCCCCGUGUCUCUUUAGAUAACUAAGUAGUCUGUGGACAUAAGCAACCGUGAUCUUUUCUCUUACUCUGAUGCAACACAUUGGUGUUUAGACAUAACAAAUCAUUGCUCAUUUUCUUUCCUUCAUGAGCUUUACUUUACUAAAUCCAUUAUGCUCAUCAGCUGAAUUUUAUUCUUCCUCUCCUUGACAGCAUGUAUCCCUAGUGGUUUUGCUGGUUGCCCUCUUCCUUGCCAGCCAUGUUUUAUCUGCAUACAUCAGUGUUUCUCUCCUUUGAACUUUUACUAAAGACCAAAAAGGACGGUGCUGUUCGUGCCCAGGGUCCUACUUUCCUCAUCGUGAAGGUCGAUGUUAUUUAGAUUGGUCAAUCACUUAAAUCUUACAAAUGACUCAGAUUCUCUUCAGUUAAAAUGUCUUUGUGAUGAUCAAAUAGUACAUAAACCAUCAGGUUCUGUUUUAAAUUAUAUUUAGGGUUAUGAACUUUUCUGGCAAUUGCAGCCAGUGAUUUCCCCAUAAUAUUCACCCCGUUUCCACAUUGGAGCCUAUUGGAUUGUUGUAUUUAGUACAAUCAAGAGUAGUAAUGAUAAUGUGUGAUGUCUAGAGGUUGUCAGAAUACUAUUGAGUUCCUUUUCUGUCUUCCUUUUCAAGUUUUCAUAAAUAUUUUGUCUGUUCAGACUACCUUUUGUGUAUGCAACUGAGGGACAAAUUAUCUCUUGGAGUGGAAUUCCUGUGUUUGGAGCCUCAACCAGGAAAGGUGAGCUACACUCGGCAUUGAUAGCCUCGUGAUAGCUUUUAUGAUAAGAACUUGUCUAAUGUGUUCACAGAAUUUGAGUAGGACCUGUUUUACCUUGCAUAUUAUAGCUAACUUUAUAUAUAGCAUAAUUGCCUUAAAUCUUUUUAGUAGGGAAUAUAUAAUGUGUAUGUAUGGAUUUAUAUAUACAUAUACACUCAUAGAAAAAUCUUAACACUAGGGGGUUAUUUAUCUGCAUACAUUUUAAUAGUGUUCAAUGAUUCUGUUGUUUAUAUCUCAAGAUCUCAGUAAAAGAUUAAUUUGCUUGCGGACAUUUUCCUUUCUUGGGCAGCCCUUCAGAGUAAAUUUUUUAUUCUGCCGGAGUCCUAAUUUGGUGGUUCAGUUAGUAUGCCAUUUUUAAGCAGCUUGACAAUUAAGAGUCAUAACUGGAAUUCACUAACAUCAAAAAAAAGAAAGCUCUGGAAGGUGUACUGACUUAAGGUUAACUUAAAAAAAAUAAUAAUGUUAGAGUGUGUGACCCCCACCCUUGCUGUUUCCUCCUGGCGUAAGAUUGCUGCUUAAGAUACCCUGGGAAGUACCACUACCAAGGCAGUUUGCCCUGUAUUUAAGGAUAGCCUGAAGAUGGUUCAGACAUGACUUUCUCAGCUGUGCUCAGCAGAAAUGGAUUUUCAGAGUUCUUUGGGCCACUUCUGAUUCACAGAGGAUCUGACCAGAGUGUAUUAGCCUGUUGCCUUCAGUGUCAGUUGGUUUGCUGCCAUGAGAUCCAUAAUAGACCCAGAAUUUCCCUGUUGGUUGAGAUGUGUAAGGGCCCUUUGUAAUAAUGCUGGGAGUGAGGAUUCAUUAACUCCACAUAAAGCAAUUUUAGAUUUUUCUGCAACUAAAUUUCCCCCAAAAUGAUGUCUUCCCACCCUCUCUAAAAAAAUAAAGCAAAGCAAAAACCCCACAAACUCUUAGCUUUUCCAGAAUUUCCAGUUUGCUCUUUCGGAUGGAGGGUAAGGAAUUUACUUCUCCUUUCUAAUUAAGGAUGAUAAUUUAUUGAAUCAUGAAAUCCAUAAUAUAUUGAUUUAAAGAUAAAAGUGAAGUUUUAGAAUUCCAAAAUUCCUGAACUAUUAUAUACUUUUCAUCUCGCAGUCUACUGUUCUUAACUCCCUGUGGCUUUAAAGUUUUUGGCUAUUUUACAAUGUUACUCACUAUAGAUAACUUGCUCUAUUUCUUGUUCUGUAUGAAGUCCUACCCUUUACAGUGCUGUAGCAUAAAGUUGGUUCCCAGCAUUUGUCUAUAGGAAUAGAAGUCUUACUGAAGUCUCUUUCCUUCCAAAGAGGUUUUCCUUUAUCAAUAAGUUCCUAAGAAAAUAUCUGUUACCUGUUUCUCACUCUCUAUUCACAUUCUUGAAUUGUUCAAAUAGGUGGGAAAUGGUGAAAAAGAUUAGGGUCUUUUUCUGAUGAAUGUAAUGUACCUGCUUUAAGAAUGUAGUCAUUUGUUGGUUUUAUGUAACUGAUAUACACACAGGUUAAUUUAAAUUUACAUCACAAGAAAUAAUCGUCAAACACAUAGCAAGUAGGUAACAUGCAUGGAUUUUACCUUUUUUUUUUAAA